AUGCCACAUUUGAACUUUCCAAUCAACGACCCUAGUCGCAAGAGGAGAGCUUUGAGACUGGAGCAAAAGGGGAAAAUGUUGGAUCCCCUAGAACAGGGAAGAAAGAUUGUAGACAAUGCUUCCCAGUUUAAGGUGAAUAAAUUGACGAUCAGGACAAUCAGAAACAACAAACAAAAGGUGCGGGACAACCUGAAGGUGGCCAGUGCAGCAAGUGCCAAAAAGCAUGAAUUCUGCCACAGGAAGAUCCAUGAUGAAGAGUUGAGCUCUGAUACUGAUGCAGCCCAACAGUAUCCUGCCUGCUUGAAGGAGAUGAUGGAAAAUGGGGGCUAUACUAAGGACCAGGUGUUCAUUGUAGAUGAGACAGCAUUGUACUGGAAGUGGAUGCAGAAAAAGCCUAUAAGAACAUCUCUCCAGGCAAACAAGAAUGCAUCGAUGACUCCUACAGUGAUGUUGGAUUGGCAAGACAAUAUGUUCGUGCCAGAAAUCCUUGACUUUUGCAGGAAAAGAAUCAUGGAUUUUAAGUGCCUCCUGUUGCUAGAUAACGUCCCGGGACAUGUAAGCUUAUUGGUAGACUGCCACCCCAAUAUCAAGAUAGAGUUCCUGCCAUCCCACACCACCAGCCUCAUCCAGCUGAUAGCAGCUGUUAAGGCCAACUACUACAGGAGGACAUUCCUGUCACUGCACAAAGCAACAGACAUCUCUACAGAGCAGUUUGUCAAUAUGGCUGAUGAUGAAGCUCUGGCUGUGGCAGAUCUGGUGCACCAUCUGAGGGAACCUUACCAAGCCACAUGGAGGCCUGGGGAAGGAUUUCACUGA